GUGGUAACAGAAACGCAGGACUCGGGUGAAAGGUUGAAGUUGAAACACACUCGGUGGACGUUAGCCUAAAAUGGCCAAGCAUCAUCCAGAUUUGAUUUUUUGUCGAAAACAAGCCGGUGUCGCUAUCGGGAGACUUUGCGAGAAAUGUGAUGGGAAGUGUGUGAUCUGUGAUUCCUACGUGAGGCCGUGCACGCUUGUGCGUAUUUGUGACGAGUGUAACUACGGCUCCUACCAGGGCCGCUGCGUGAUCUGCGGAGGCCCUGGCGUGUCUGACGCUUACUACUGCAAAGAGUGCACCAUCCAGGAGAAAGACCGAGAUGGCUGUCCUAAGAUUGUGAACUUGGGCAGCUCUAAAACAGAUCUGUUUUAUGAAAGGAAGAAGUACGGCUUCAAGAAGAGGUGAAGAAACCAAAGUCUGGGCUUUUAGUUUUGCAGUUUUUCUAAAGAAACAUUGUUUUUCCUAAAUAAAGCUUUUCUGUUCUGUU